UAUAUCACCCAUCACCAACACCACCUCACUCCACAACCACAGCACCCACACGCCUCGAUGGCAACCACCAGCCCACAACCAAAGCCACCGCGAUGGAAGUCCGCCGCGAUCCUCGCUCCUUCCUCUUCUUCAUCAUUCUGCUUCUUCUCAUUAACUCGCCCGAACCGCAGCAGCAGUCCUUCAACACGCGCUCGCGCUACGACGAGCUUAUACAGCGCGAAUGGGAUCAACUCGAUGUCUUAAAUCGAACACAAUAUGGCGACUUCAAUGUGAGCAAGAAGAAGUGGCUAAACAUUAGCGGGUGCAGAGAUGCGGACGGCUUUGCAUGGGACAUGCUGCCUAGCGCGCAAGAGAAGGCGAAUGCGCAUGGCAGACGGGCGCUCGGGGACAAGUGGGGGAGUGUCCUGGACGGGACAUUACAUGAGCGUGGAGGCGAAGAGGGGAGAUUGCCGGUGUAUAGGAAUCUCUCGGGGUAUGUGCAGGGCGAGUGGGUGCGGGAUCCGAGCAGUCGCGUGCGCCAUCCUGAGGAUAUGGGCAACACGACGCAUCCCGCCAAAGACCCGUUCACGAAUUCGGCGAUGGGGUUUGAUCGCAAUCUCACGGGUACGGGUGGGCCGUUCAGGGUGCAUCUCACGGAAUUGGAGGAUAAGGUAAUGGUGGAUGUGAAUAAGAGUAUCUCGGAGAUUAGUGCGAAGGUCGUGGUAGGGGACGAUGAGAGCUUUGGCGGGAAUUGGUGGGAGUUCUAUGUGCAUGGUGUGCAUUUCAGGGACAGUGGACAUGCGGUGUUGACUACGACGAGUGAGCGGUUUGCGGGCAUCUUUGCGCUACCGCAUUUCCAGCUCUCGCACGGGCUUCACGAUACCUCGAAGAACUUUCUGAAUUGGACGAUCCACGAGACCAUCCAUCGGCAGAUACAUCGACCGUUCCCUGUCUGGAACCCGUGGACGAGCUCGGCUGCCGGAUCGAACGAGGAUGCGGUCGGGGUGACGCACCAUUGCGAGUUUGUUCUCUACUUGCAGCAGCCGCCGAGCGUACAGACCAUGGACAUGAACUGGCUUGAGCACGAGAUGCGAUUCCCCACUGGCGCACCGCUGGGCCAUCGCUCGCAGCUAUCAAUGUCUAUGGUGGGCUUCUCGCCAGACUGCGGAUAUGUCAUCGAAUCGAAAGGACCACCAGACUACCCGCCCUCAGAAGCCAUGCACCUCGUCGGCUCCAAGAUAGAGGAAUACAACGACAGAGCCAGACACAGCAUCGUCGCCUUCGCAAUCGCUUUCGCCUUCCAGCUGUCCUUCCUCAUCAAGCAGAUGAAGGAGACAGCAACCCCAUCGAUGCGCAGCCGUGUUAGUUUCUACACCAUUGCCACGAUGGCUCUCGGCGACGGCUUCACAUUCCUGGUUCUCAUCUUCAUGUACCUCUUCCUCGGCACCGCGCAACUAGCCAUGUACAGCAUCGCCUUUGUCGCGCUGUUCUCCGUCCUCGCACACCUGCGCUUCCUGAUGGACAUCUGGUCUGUCCAAGCCGCUGAACGCGCGCGCCAGGAACGACAACAGGCCCCAGCAGUACCGGCAGCACCAGAAGUACCAGCAGCGCCAGUACCAGCAACUUCAGACGCCCCCCUUCCUGCGGCUGACGCAUUUGGCACACCAGCAACGCCCGCGGCCCCUCCCCCCUCCGGGCUCCCUCUUCCCGUAACAGCAUCCCGCCCUCCUCCCCCUCCCCGCCCACAAACACCCAUCCUCAUCGCCCCCGACCAAGACGACCCGCUCUCAGACGACGACACACCGCUCCUCCCUACUACAAACGCUGCCGCUACCACGCCAACACCCACUCAGGCAGCACCCAACCCACGUGCCGAGUUCGGCGCGCUCUACAGCCGUUUCUGCCUCCUACUCAUCAUAACCUUUUUCGUCACGAUCCAAUUUGCCACCGUCCGAACCCUUUACCGGAGCAUCUACUUCAGCAUUCUCUCAUUCAUCUACCUCUCCUUCUGGGUUCCGCAGAUCUACCGCAACGUGAUGCGCAACUGCGGGCGUGCGCUGCGGUGGGACUAUACGAUUGGGACGAGUGUGACGAGGUUGGUGCCGAUUGCGUAUUUCUACUUGAAGGAGGAUAAUGUGCUGUUUGCCAAUACCGACUGGCAGACGUGCGCGGUGCUGGUGGGGUGGGUAUGGAUCCAGAUUGUUGCGCUGGUGAGCCAGUCCGUUCUAGGACCGCGCUUCUUUGUGAGAGAAGGCUGGGCGCCGCCCGCAUACGACUACCACCCGAUCCUGCGCGAAGACGAAGAGGGCGCUUUGCUGCCACUCAACGCCACUUCCCCCUCGGACGAUGCGAUCGAGGGCGAGGAAAGCAGCAGGAGCGCUGGCGAAGCGAAAAACAAGGGGAAGAAAGUCUUCGACUGCAGUAUCUGCGCCAUGGACAUUGAAGUUCCUGUUGUUCCUGCUGGUGGAAGCACCGAUGAGGGCAUGGUUGGAGGGACUAGUAUGGUGCUCCAGAGACGGAUGUACAUGGUCACGCCCUGCCGACAUAUCUUCCACGCUACGUGUCUGGAAGGGUGGAUGCGCUACCGUCUCAUUUGCCCGAAUUGUCGAGAAGCUUUGCCUCCUUUGUAGAUACUUAGUAUUACCACAUAUUGUCGCUCAAAAGCAAGGUUUAGUGAAAAAAAGAUUCGGCCUGGCGUGUGUUUCGGUGAAUGACUACACUGUCUCUCGGAAUCGAGUUCUCAUUGAAGCUCAGAUCUCGGUCAUCGUAUGCUCUCUUUUGCAAAGCGCGACUGGAGGGCCAAAUCAUGGUUGCAAGCAGGCUGUGCGUUGUGGAAAGAGCGAUCCAUGGCAACUUGCCGCAAUCAUGCGCAUCGUC